AUGGGGCAGGACACCAAUAUGCUAAACACCCACCAACAGUUGGUUAGGACCACAUCCCGGAGACCAGGGCAGGACACUCGGUUCCAGGCUCUGGGGUCGGGCAUAGGGCUGCUCAAGCUUCUGUCGAACAUCCCCCAGGCGGAGCCGGAGAGCCUGGGAAGUGGCGAUGGUGUGCCAAUUCAGGGUCCACAGCAGAGGUCUCAGAGCACGGGGCAGGUGGCGAGAAAGGACCGCAGGCACAGGAUUCGGAACAAGAAAGGACAGGGCUCUGCUGAAGCUGAGGAUCUCUUUCCCUGUCCUCCUCGGAAACCCUCCUUCCCCUUCCAGUGGGCCUGGGAGAGCUUCAUCACAGAUGGCCAGGCUCUGCUUCAGCCGAGAUCCCCUUCAACCCCUGGCCACCAAGCCCUGCCUUGGCCCCGUGUGGCUCCCCAGCGCAAGCCCAGGCCCAAGUCCACGGCCAACCUCCCAGAGGAAGGGAGGAAACAGCAGCUUGGGGCCUGGGAUGGCCCCAUCCUUCCUAGCAAAGAGGAGAGCCAGGGGCCAGAGCCACCCAGUGAGUGUGGUCUCCGGACACCAGAGAAGAGGUCAGGAUCAAGAUUGGAGUGUGAAGAGACUGCUGAGCCAGAAGGGCCAGGUGCUGAGGAGGUCAAGAGGGGUCUGAGCCCUGGGGAACUGCCCCAGCUCCCCAGGAGGGGAUUGAUCUUGGAGGAGGAGUGGUUCUCAGAGGCCACAGAGGAGACUGAGGAGGGGGAGCAUCGGGGCCCUCCCAGAAGGAGCAGCGGUUCUCAGAAAAAGGGGCAGGAUUCUGGAGAGGAGGCCUUGGAUGAGGGGGAACUGCAGGGCCAGAGCCUGGGGAGUGGCUCCAGCUGUAACAACCCUCGAGAGCCACAGAGGAAGAAGCCGGGUGCCAAGGAGCGGGAGGGCCCGUGGGACCUGGAGAAGCUGCACAGACAGCUACAGCAAGAGUUGGACUGUGGCCCCCAAAAACAACCGUGGAAGGCUUUGCGAGAUGCUUUCCAGGCCUCCAGCCGGAGUGGGAAGGCUCAGAUCUUGGGAAAUGAAACUUUCCUGUUUGCCAACUUCCCUAAUCGCACCUUCCACAAACGACAUGAGGCCACCAGAAGCCUACUGCAGUCUUGGGAGCGGCAGCAGCAGGAGGAGCAGCAGCAGGCUGAGCGUCGGCGUGCCCGGGAGCAGCGGGUACAGCAGCAGGUGGCCCGCUGCCUGGCAGCCUAUGCGCCCAAAGGGAGCCGGGGACCUGGGGCCACCCAGCGCAAACUGGAAGAGCUGAGGCGCCAGGAGCGACAGCGCUUUGCUGAGUACCAGGCAGAGUUGCAGGGCAUCCAGCACAGGGUGCAGGCCCGGCCCUUCCUGUUCCAGCAGGCAAUGCAGGCCAAUGCCCGGCUGACUGUGGCUCGGCGCUUCUCUCAAGUGCUAUCAGCACUAGGACUGAAUGAAGAGCAGCUGCUGGCUGAGGCGGGAAAAGCGGACAUACAGGGUGCCGCCGGGAAACCCAGGAGCCACAAGUCAAUGGAGGUGAGAAUGGAACGUUCUUCUCAGAGCCCCCCAAGGACAGAACCCACCAGCACUGAGCCCGACAGGCACAUCACCCUCAGCCUGGACCCACAGUGCAGAUCCUGA